AUGAAGGUUGGAUUGCAUUACACGAAGCUGCCAAGAAUGGUCGUCUUGAUGUCACAAAAUAUCUCAUCAGCCAAGGAUCUAAGCCAAGGAGCUAAAGUGAAUCAGGGAAAUAAUGACGGCAGGACUGCAUUACACUGUGCUGCUUCCAAUGGUCAUCUUGAUGUCACAAGGGAUCUCAUCAGCGGAGGAGCUGAGGUGCAUAAGGGAGAUAACGACGGUUGGACGCCUUUACACCGUGCUGUUCAGAAUGGUAAUCUUGAUGUCAUCAAAUAUCUCAUCAGUGAAGGAGCUGGGUUGGAUAAGGGAACUACUGUGGGUUCAAGUGCAUUACACAUUGCUGCUCAGAAUGGUUAUCUUGAUGUAAUCAAAUAUCUCAUCAGUGAAGGAGCUGAGGUGAAUAAGGGAAAUAGUAGGCGUUUGACUGCAUUACACAAUGCUGCUUCCAAUGGUCACCUUGAAGUCACCAAAUAUCUCAUCAGUCAAGGAGCCGAGAUGAAUCAGGAAGAUAAUGACGGAAGGACUGCAUUAUGCUUUGCUGCUUUUAAUGGUCACCUUGAUGUCACCAAAUAUCUCAUCAGUCAAGGAGUUGAGAUAAAUAAAGGAGAAAGCGAAUACACUGCAUUACAAUGUGCUGUUCUCAACGGUCAUAUUGAUGUCAUCAAAUAUCUCAUCAGUAAAGGAACUGAGGUGAAUACGGGAAAUAAAGACGGUAUGACAGCGUUACAUAGUGCUGCUCUGGAGGGUCAUCUUGAUGUCACCAAAUAUCUCAUCAGUCAAUUAGCUGAUGUCAAUAAGGGUGAUAAUAGUGUCUUGACCAGCUCGAUGUUGUAG